GCUGUUGAUCCGAUCGGUUCAAUUUUUUAAGCUGCGUUCGGUGCUGGUGUGUGAGGUAUCCGUUUCGAAUUGUUGAUUUAUUUCGGUGCCCCAAGGAUUUCGUGUUGUGUUUGUGCACCAGUAGGUGGUAGUGACGGGCCAGGAAUUUCGGGAAAAACUGAUCGCGGUUUCUGUGAUUGAUCGAAGUGUGCUUUGAAAUUUAGGACCCAAUGCUUGGACCAACCCGAACAGUGAUGGGUGGUGGGUGGUGGUGAAAUAUGAGCCAUUUCUAAUGAAAAGCCUGCUUUGUUCGCUGGUGUGGUGUGCCCGCAUGUGUUACGAGAAUCCGGCCGAUUGCUCCAGUUUCGCAGCGGAUUUUUAGCUACGAUAACUUUUUUUUUUCGAAACAAUUAUUCAUGUGUUGCAAGCAAGCAAGCAAUAACAAGAUUAGUAUUUAGUGCACGCGUUGCGUUCCGUUUGGAUGGUGUGCGCAUUUCUUGGAGAAAGGCCCAUGUGUUGUGUUGAUCGAGCCGCUAAAGCUAAAAACAUCGGCGUUUGUGUAGUGUAACGAAUGUUUAUAGUUUUUCACUUUUUAUGCUCCGUUCCAGCAAACUAUUAAUAGCUGCUGUAGCGUAAACAGUGUUUGCUUGCGGUUACUUCCGUGAGUCAUACCGGGAAGACGAUCUGCCCAGAGCUGUCGGAAUAGCGAGAAGAAAUUCACAGUUGAUUGAAUGACCUGUGCCCUGAGUCGGUUCAUGGAGAUCGUUGUGCAUCCGAAAGUGUUAACAGUGUCAGACUCCCACGAGUUAAGUGAGUGCGUGUCUACUGGAUUAAGUGAUUAAUGCCUGUGAGAAGAAUCGGUGAAGCAAGUUGAAUGCUUGGAAAGAAGAAUAAAAGUGAAACCAAAAACUUGGAUUUAGUUUUUUGGUUCGUUCUGCAUCAGUAACAGUAAGCAGUGUCAGCAGCACGGGUGUUACCUGUGUCGAUCAACAUUCAACAACUCGAGUGCAUGUGUGAACAAUACCAGGGAUAUCCUGUCGGUGACCUGGAAUUACAACAGCUAGUGCGGUUUGCGUCGCAAGUGUUUCAGUGAAAGACUCCCACGCUGUCGAGCUCAAUCCCAGACCCAGGCCCAAUAGGGUUGCAAUUUGGACCGUUGCUCUGUGUCUCUAAAUAAGUACACCAACGUUCCCAGUAUUAUUAUGUGAUGCACUAUGAACCCGAGAGUGUUGGCAUAGCACUUGUUCGUUCGUGCAAGUUUACUUUUGUUUUGUACCAUCUCUCAUUUGCUUCUCGCCGUCACGGAAAUUAAAAAGUGGAAAAGCUAAAACGAGGUAAAUCGUAGGAAAAAAUUUCCAUUUUGAAUGGCGGUAGUGUUCUAAUUUUCAGGCCGCUUUCCACCAUACCUCCUUUCCCGUUCUGCGAAUCCUCUUCCUCCCUCUUUGUUUUCAAGCAGUGAGAAACCGGUGCUAUAAUUGCACCUGAAAAAGAUAACAUCUUAGACAAUAGCAUAAUUGUCAUACCUUCAUCUUCAUUUGGAACCGGGAGGGGGACCUACGGGUCGUGUGAUUUGUCAGAAGAAUGGAAAUUUAAUCCCAGUUAGUCAGAGUCAUAGAAAGGUGGGUGCAUCUUGCAACGUGGGAGUUUCCAUCAAAGGACGGACCCAAGCUUGCAAACAAUAGCGAAAUUGAAUCUUUUUUUUUGCGCGCCCCAUUCCGCCAGGGCAAACCGUCCCGAAGUGAUCCAUCCAUCAUCGCAGGGCGUUAAUUGAAGUGAAGGAUCGCUACCUCGGUCGAGCAAACAAAGAGACAUACAAAGCUGACGGUGGUAGCUGAAAAGCCAGGCGAAACCACCAAAAGUCCACCACCCGCAAGAUUGCAGUGUGCGAUAUCGUUCGCGGACGUCCCCCUAGAAGAACUAACGGCCACCCGACGAUAGACCAUCGGAUCAGCAGCAGCUAAAAUCCUCGGAGAUAAUUACGCGACGGUCGGGAGUUCGCUAAUAACAACAAACAAUAGCCCCAGCAUACCGGUGUAUAAUUUAUCAACUUUCAAUCGAGCAAUCAAUCAAUCAAUCAAUCAACCGAUCGAUCGAGAGCAGCUCGCAGCGACGGCAGCAAUUGGUCCGGUCUUUUGCUCACGGAUUUGCGAAGGAAACUUUGUACGCACUGAUCUCGGCUAAAGCAAAAAAAAUAUAUAUACGAAGAAGAACAAGUAAAAGAGGAAGGCUAGUUCUGGUGUGACGCGUACACCUUCUAGGUCGCGAAGGUGAUAAAUCAACAAACAGCUCGACUCUGUCUGCGAAGUUGCUUGUCCUAUUCGUCGAAAUCCCCAGAAGCUAAGUGAGGGAACAACAAGAAAAGACCGAUCGCGAAAGACUGCGCCGCCCCGUAGGUACUACACUGCACUGACGGAGUCACCCGCUUGAAGGAUCUUCAGCUUGAAUUGCACAAUAGGUCCGCCGGUAAGCGAGCGAACCCAGUGAGUGAGCUAGUGAGUGAGUGGAAGAAGCGAUGAUGGAUGAGACUACGGCAAGUUCUGAAAAGAUCCGACAGUUGGUUGCGGUUGGCGCGGGAAUUCACCCGGCCGCAUAAUCAGUCACCGCGCGAGUCGUAUGUGGAAGUGGAGUUAUUUUCUCAUAAGGUUGUUGUUGUUUUUUUUGUGAUUGUGAUCUUUCCCGAGAGAAUUCUUUUUUCCCCCGGCCGGGUGUGAAGUUGAGUGAUAGUUCUUUUGACUCGGUGAAGCUUGUGUUCAUCGACUGAUCGCCUCACGAUGUACUGCCUUUGUCGAUCAUCGAAGACCAUCGCGCUACGGAUUGUGCUCCUGGAUGAGACCGAUUUCCUGCAUGAAUUACAGGACGAUCUGCCCGGUCAAGCCUUGCUAGAUGUAGUAUUCGCAAGACUGAACCUGAUAGAGACUGCCUAUUUCGGAAUACGAUACAUAGAUCAGGAUAAUCAGACGCACUGGCUGGAUCCUGCCGCCCGUUUGUCACGGCAGCUGAAAGGCAGCAAGGUGCCCUUCGACCUGUACUUUGGGGUUAAGUUUUACGCUUGCGACCCGUGCAAGUUGGUGGAGGAAAUCACGAGGUACCAACUCUAUCUGCAGGUCAAGCAGGACAUUCUUCAGGGCAGGCUGCCGGUGUCUUUCGAGUUGGCAGCAGAACUUGGCGCCUACGUUAUCCAAGCCGAACUCGGCGACUAUGACCCCCGGAAGCACCCAUCCGCGUACGUAUCGGAGUUUCGUCUACUUAACAAUCAGACGAAGGAAAUCGAAAAUCGGAUCCAUGAGUUGCACAUGCAGCUGAAGGGGAUGUCCCCCUCGCAGGCCGAGUUUAACUACCUCGAUAAGGUGAAGUGGCAUGAUAUGUACGGAGUCGAUCUUCACCCGGUGCUGGGUGAAGAUAGCGUGGAAUAUUUCCUCGGCCUAACUCCAGGCGGUAUUGUAGUUUUGCGAAACAAGACCACCGUUGCGCAUUACUAUUGGCCCCGGAUAGCCAAGGUGUACUUCAAGGGACGCUACUUCAUGUUAAGGGUCUGUGAUAAGAAUAACGAGAUUAGUACGUACGGUUUCGAGACACCAAAAAAGAGUGCCUGUAGGCAUCUAUGGAAGUGCUGUGUAGAACAUCACUCAUUUUUCCGGCUCGUGAGAACCGCUCCGAUGCAGGCCGCUUCCGGAGCGGCUAGUAUGAAUUCGCUAAGCUCUAAAUUCAGGUACAGCGGGCGAACGGAACGACAGCAGAUAUCCGAAUCUAUGGCUCAGCAGCGAGCUCCCCCCGCAUUCACCAGAACUCCUUCUAGAAGGCAGCCCAGAAGAAUAAUAGACGAAAAACCAGAAGAGAAGAUUUUCGACGCACCAAAAUAUAUCCAGCAGGAAAUCAAAUCCGUUUCGAUACCUCAACCAGCGCAAACGUUUGAUAGUCCUUAUCGUUCUACUUGCAGCAUUCCAGCUGCACUAACCAGUAGCAAUAAAUCCUAUCCAGCACCACCGGACUCUCCUCGUAGCACUCGCAGCGCACCGUGGAUGCGAUCCCAGCAGCGUGGUCUAUUCGGGAUCAACUCUAGCCCGAAGUCGGUGCGAUCUGCGUCAACACGGAUGAGUGCUCCGGCGAACACAAAUCGAAUGCGAUCGAGCUCAGUGGAAAGCCACUCGUCAAAUGAGUCCCGCUCCGGACGACGUCGUCGGCACCGAAGUCGACGAGUAUCGGACAAUGAAAGUGAAAUGUCACGCGGCUCCGGACGUUCCGGUCGGUCACACAACUCUCACCGGAAACACCGCCGACAUCGUUCCAAGAACCGCCGGAAUCGGUCCGACACGGAAAGUCGCGAUCGUAGCUAUUCCAGCCAUCGACGUUCUACGGAAUCUAUCGAAUUGGUAGACUCUGGCGAACAGUGGCUUGAGGUUCAACGUAAACAAACGGAUAACGUCCAGAAGGCAGCCGUCAUUAAAAGCAGUCAGGUACUGAAAGGUUCCACACCAGACUCUGGAAUUGUACAUCACCACCGCAGUAGGCGACAUCGAAAGCACCGUUCACCGUCAGAAAAAAUUUGGUCAAGCGAGCUGACAAAACACCUGCAGUUCGAUCUGGUCGAUACCGCCGGAAUGACGGAGGACCAGCUUCGAGAGAUUCCGUACACAGUGGUCGAAACUGACAAUCUAGCUACCAAAAAACCCAGUGCUCUCAAGGUUCACAAAACUAGUCAUCACGGAAACCCACGGAUCGAUCGGAUACGGGAGUAUCCUAAGGAGAACGUGGCUGACAAUCUGUGUGGUGUGAACGGAUCGAUCCGGUCUGCUAGCACCAUCAGUUCGUCUCGGGAUUACGAUCGAAACUCUGGUUUGAUAAGAAUGAUGUCCAGCAUGAGCAUGGGUGACUUCAUUUCUCCUACGGGUUCCAGCAUUAGUCCAUUGGAUAGUUCUGGUUUACGUGUGAGCCAUGAACACACAGAUUCCGGUCUUGGAGCGGAUCAAGAUUAUGCGUAUUCUUCGGAAAGAUCCAGCGAUAGCGCCAAGUAUGGAACCAAUAAGUCGUCAGGAGCAUCGGUCACCUCAGCUCACACCAAAUCAUCCUCGUCGAACAACAUGAAGAGUCACCAUCACCCAGUGAGUAGUAGUAGUACAACUACCACGACCCGGAAGCCACCACUCUGCCCAAACAGGCAGCAGAAGCUUCCGGGUCCAGUUAUUCCCGGUGUGCACUGCACAUCCAGCGGCCAUAACAACCGUUUAAUCAAUAGCAGUAACACACACGUUCAAAACAAUCACUACACGUUUAGCCUAAACCGGAAUAGUGAAACUUCCGGGCAUGGAAGCCGUAACACCUUUGGGUCUAGCACUGGCUUUGGGCUUAGCUCAUACGGUUAUCUAGAUUCUGCCGCGACACUGUCAUCAACCUCACCGUAUCACUACUACUACGAUGGCACCGGAUUCCGCAGUGGUGCUAACCAAUCCGGUAUUAUGACAGGUGUUUCUGGGUUCGAAAACUCUCGGCUAGGCUCCAUUCGUGGAACCAAGUCCGACAUUGGAGUCUCGAUUCGCCCUAAGCAUCACCGACAACAGCAGUACAUUAGCAAUGUACAUAACCUCAACCGCGCUGCGAACGGUGGCAGUAAACGAGCUAUGAUUCCGUCCACCAAAACGGACUAUCUUGAGAACUAUAAGACUGGUCUAGAGAGGCUUAAGCUAACCGCCAACGUCAGUAAUAAUAACAAUAACAACAAUCCUCCGGAGGCAUUCACCGGACUGAUGAACGCUUCCGCGAGUGUGCAAAAUAUCAUAAAUAACAACUACCAACCGUCUACACCCAGCAACGGAACUGGUUCGGUUAGUAGCAGUCCAGUCAAUGGGCAGGCCAAGUCUAGUAAGGGUCCUCUAGUUUUUCUGGAUUCGAACAAGAAUCGAAACAAUCCCGCCCAUGAUAGUCAAUUAUUUCAGGCAAACUCCGGAACUGCUGCCAGUGGAUCCCCGACCAGUGUAGUGAGUGAUAGCGCCAGCGUGCCGAAAAACGGCAAGAACCAGUUGGAGAACGGGGUUGGCAGUGGCAGACCAACUCCAGUGCCACUCGCCGGUUCCAAUCUGCACAGAACCGGCGUUGAUUUUAGUCGGAAAAAUUCCCUCAACAGUAAGACCGCCUCCAAGGGCCCGGGAAACAGAUCGUCCAGUCUAGAACUGAUACUAACACCCAUUAUUCAGAGCAGGCGGGUGCAGUAAUCAUGGGCGAAAUGAGCACCGAAUUGUAGAACUCAUUACCGAACGGACAGGGAAACGGACAACGCACAGCAUGCAGGUUGAAAUUGAAACGACCAUACGCUCUGGAAAUGUCCGAAAACUGGUCCGGACCGUUAGAGAGAACAGAUGAAAAAAAAAUGGUAGCUAGCAACGAACGCGUUUUUUAAGUAAACUGUACAAUACUCACAUUAUAGUCUAAAAUUAAGGAACAAGAAAAAAAAUCAAGUGUUGUGUUUAAACUUUAAGCCUUCAACAUGUGUAUAUUGGUAGACACUAUCGUACAGUAGAUGUUUGAUGUUACUUCUUGAGUGAGAACGCCGAAUUCAGGACGCUUCUUUAGAUGUUUCUAGGUCAUUUUAAGAGAAUUUUUAAUGUGCUCCGAUAUUAUUUUGCUACUCGUCUCGCUAUCACACCGCUAUCUACGAUUGCAAUUACGUACCAAAUACUAAAUUUUAGCAGGUUUUACAAGUAUUCGUAACCGUUACUGCCGAUAAUUAUAAUACGAUAACUAAACACACGUAUAUACUUGCUAUUUGGACAUUCAAAGCUAAUUGAUAGGAAGACCGUUCUAAGUGUUGAGUGAAAACAAACCCAGUUUACCGAAUCUCUUGAAUGCAUGUAUCGAAGAAUACCGAUGUAUUUUUACAAUCUAUAUCCGAUGGGAAGCAAGGUUCUCCAGAACAAUAUGACAACAAAUGAAUGGAAAGUUGUAAAAGAAUCUGUAUUUUCGAAAACCGACAAAAUUUAAUUUGUAAUCUCUGAGCUAACACUGGAAAUCAAAUAAACGAUUAUUUACGAACCAA